AUGGAAAGUUAUUCUGUUGAUUUCAAUGUCCCACAGGAAAUAAAAUCUCUACACGAAAAAGCAGUCGAAAAUCAUCGAUGUGCUAAUUUUGAUCAAGCGUUGUCUGACUUGACACAAAUCUUGGAUAAAGUUCAAGCCAUUUCGGAAGAUACAACCGAACUUGAUCGACUUCGAUGUGAAGUUAAUCUUCUUAUUGGCGAUAUAGACAUGCAACGAAAUAAAUGGACAAAAGCAGAAGAAAUGACCUUAGAAGCGCUCCAUAUAGCGGAAAAACUGAAGGGAAAAAAGAAUAUUGUUCGAUGCUUAACCCAACAAGGCGACAUUAAGCGAUUACGUGGAGAUUGGAAUGGAGCAAAGGAUACUUAUAAGAAAUCACUAGACAUAAACGUAAGUCAUUUAGGCGAGGAGGAUCCGAGUAUCGGCACUCUUUUAGAACUUAUUGCGACUGUUUAUGAUGCUGAAGGAAAUCAUGAUGAAGCUCUCUCCUUGCUUGAAAAAUCGCUAAAACUUAAACGAUCAGCUCUAGGUGACAAUCAUCUCCAAGUUGCCAAAUCCUACUUUAAUAUUGGAGUUUUCUAUAACAAACAGAAGAAGCAUCAACAAGCUCUUUUGAUGUAUAAAAAAUCGCUAAAGAUUACAUUGUCAGUCCAUGAUGAUCGUCAUCAUGAUGUUGCUGCAGCCUAUAGCAACAUUGCAUUAGUGUAUGAGGAACAAGGCAAUCAUGAAGAAAGCCUUUCUAUGCAUGAAAAAUCGCUCCAAAUUCUAACAACAUUAUAUGGUGGCAAUCAUCCUGCCGUUGCUGCAUGUUAUAGUAAUAUGGGAAGUGUCUACUUGAAGCUUGGCAAGCAUAAACAGGCUUUAUCCUUGUAUGAGGAUUCGCUCAAAAUUCGACUGUCAGUUUUAGGUGAAAAUAAUAUUGAUACUGCUGCAUCCUAUAACAACAUAGGAACCGCAUACUUGUUUCAGGGUAAAUUUAAAGACGCCAUUACUUUACUUGAGAAAGCACGUUCCAUUCAAUUGGCUGUCCUUGAUCGUAAUCAUCCUGAUAUCAUCGCAACCUUUAACAACAUUGCCAAUAUUUAUGAUGACAUGGGCAAGCAUUCAGAAGCUAUUUCCAUGCAUGAAGAAGCUCUUCAAAUUCGAUUAUCGUUCUUGGAUCAUGAUCAUCCAGAUAUUGCCCGCUCUUAUGUCAAUUUAGCGGUUGUCUACAUCCAUCAAGGCAAAUAUCAAGAGGCUGUUUCUUUGCAUGAUAAAGCGCUGAACAUUCAAUUAUCAGCGUUUGGUCAAGAUCAUCUCGAAGUGGCUACAUCGUAUAACAACGUGGGAGCAGCGUAUGCUGAACAAGGCAAACAUGAAGAGGCGCUUUUGAUGUAUAACAAGGCACUGCAGAUUCGACUAUCGCUCCUAGAUCAUCAUCACUCCGAUGUUGCAUCUUCCUACAGUAACAUUGGCAAUAUCUAUCAGAAUCAGGGCAAAUAUGAUGAAGCCUUGUCUAUGUUGAACAAAUCGCUUAACAUUAAAUUAACGCAGCUUGGUGGUAAUCAUCCCGAGAUUGCUGUGUUAUAUAACAAUCUCUCCGUUGUGUACAGAAAUCAGACUAAAUAUCAGGAGGCCAUUGAAAUGUGCGUCAAGGCCCUUGCAAUUGCAAUAUCGGCCUACGGCGAUGAUCAUGUCCUGGUAGCCCAAGUUUAUAACAAUCUGGGCAACGUAUAUAGUCAACAGGGUAAUUAUAUCGAAGCUUUUGCUAUGUUUCAGAAGUCGCUGAGGAUUCAUUCAUUAUUAUUUGGUGAUAUCCAUCCUGCCGCUGCUAAAAUACACGGCAAUCUUGGUAACACCUAUGGCGCUCAGGGCAAAUACGAUCAAGCUAUUAGCAGCUUUGAGAAAUCACGAAAUAUUGCCACAUCUCACUUUGGUGAUGACCACCCCAGUGCUGUUAUGGCCUAUGAAGGGUUAGGAAAUACGUAUUCUCAGUUGGAGAAGCAUGAUGAAGCUAUUGGUUUCUAUAAAAAAUCACUUCAAAUUCAAUUGGCAUCGCUUGAUCACAAUCAUCCUGAUAUUGCUGCAUCCUAUCACCACAUAGGAGAUGUAUACUAUGAUCAGGCCAAGUAUGAAAAAUCCAUUUCUAUGUAUCAAGAUUCGCUCAAAAUUCAAUUGUCAACCCUUGGUUAUAAUCAUCCUGAUGUUGCUGCAACCUAUAAUAACCUAGGACAGACUUAUCAAAGUCAAGGUGAAUAUGAUGAGGCUAUUUCUAUGUAUGAGAAAUCACUACAAAUUCGAAUUUCAAUCUUUGACCCCAAUCAUCCGGAUGUCGCAAGAUCUUACUGCAAUUUAGGAAACGCUUAUUACUGUCAAGGUAAAUAUGAUGAGACCGCAUCGAUGCAUGAGAAAGCGCUUAAAAUUCUAUUAUCAAUCUUUGGUGAAAAUCACCCUGAUAUCGCUAAAUUAUAUAACAACAUGGGAAUUAUGCUUGGGAUGCAGGGAAAACAUAAAGAAGCUCAGUCCAUUUAUGAAAAAUCCAUCACUAUUGCUCGAUCUAUUUUCGGUGAAAAUCAUGGUGAUAUCGCUAAUUUAUAUAACAGCAUGGGAACACUCUAUCUUGAUCAAAAUUUGUAUCAAGAAGCUGAGGCUAUGUUUGAGAAAUCACUCAAAAUCAAGCUAUCAAUCCUCGAUAAUGACCAUCCUGAUCUUAUUUUAUCCUAUAACAACAUGGGCAUCGUUUAUGCUGAACAGGGCAAGCAUGUAGAGGCUAUUUCUAUUUACGAGAAAUCACUCAAAAUUCAAGUAUCAGCAGCCGGCCAUAAUCAUCCUCUUGUUGCAACGAUAUAUAACAACAUGGGAAAUGUUUAUAAUAAUCAAGGCCAGUAUGAAGAAGCUCUUUCUAUGCAUACCAAAUCACUCGAAGUGAAAGUUGCAGUUUUAGGUCACAAUCAUGUCGAUGUUGCUACAUGCUAUAACGGCAUAGCCAUGGUCUACAUGAAUCAAGGUAAGUUUCAAGAAGCUAUUGAUAAGUACGAGAAAGCUUUAAAAAUUCAACUACCAGCUCUUGGUAAUAGCCAUCCUGAUAUUGCAACCUCCUAUAACAACAUGGGCAAUGCAUAUUUCGAUCUCGAUAAGCUACAAGAAGCAAUUAUCAUGCAUGAUAAAUCGCUGAAAAUUCGCUUGUCAAUCUACGGACACAAUCACCUCGAAGUUGCAGCAUCUUAUCAUAACUUAGGAAACAUUUACUAUCGUCAGAACAAGUGCGAAGAUGCCCUAUCGGUAUAUCAGAAAUCGCUUAAAAUUCGAUCAUCUCUUUUAGAUCAUCAUCAUCCCCAUAUAGUUAAAUUAUAUAAUAAUAUCGGGGCUGUGUAUAUUAAUCAAGCUGAAUACGAAAAGGCCCUUACUUUCUUUAAAAAAUCGCUGAAAAUUCGAUUAACGACCCUUGAUGAUAAUCAUAUCGAUGUUGCAAUAGCAUACUCUAAUAUGGGAAUGAUCUAUUUCCACUUGAGUAAGUAUGACGAAGCCAUUUCGGUCUAUGAGAAGGCACUGAAAAUUCAAUUUUUAGUCGUUGGCCAUCAUCAUCCAGAUGUUGCUAAACUACACAACGAUAUUGCAAGUAUCUAUAGGCAUCAAGGCAAACAUACAGAAGCUAUAUCUACGUAUGAGAAAUCGCUUAAAGUUCAAUUAUCCAUCUAUGGCAAUAAUCACUCCGAUACUUCCGCAACCUAUAACAACAUAGGUAUUUCGUAUUUCCAUCAAGGUAUGUACGAAGAAGCGAUUGCUAUGUAUGAGAAAUCACUCAAAAUUGAUUUAUCUAUUCUUGGUAGCAAUCAUCCCGAUAUCGCCAGAGCGUAUAACAACAUUGGAGCUGCCUAUAGGCAACAAGGUCAACACGAGAAAGCAAUUUCGAUGUAUGAAAAGUCACUUGAAAUUCAACAGGCAGCCUUUGAUAGCAAUCAUCCUGAUAUUGCUGCAUCUUAUAACAACUUGGGAAAUAUUUAUCAUCAACAAAGUCAACAUGAAAAGGCUAUCACGAUGUAUGAGAAAUCGCUCAAAAUUCAGUUGAUCAAAGUAGGCCACAAUCAUCCCAAUGUUGCCAAACUCUAUUGCAAUCUAGGAGGGGUAUAUUGUGAUCAAAACAAGUAUGAAGAGGCUCUUACUUUGUACGAAAAGUCGCUCAAAAUUGAGUUAUCCGUUCAUCAAGACAAUCAUCCUAAUAUUGCCAAGUUAUAUAACAAUAUUGGAAUUAUCUACGCUAGGCAGAACAAGAAUGAAGAAGCCUUUGGCAUGCAUCAGAAAUCUCUUAAAAUGAAACUAUUGGUCCUUGACCAUAAUCAUCCCGACAUUGCAACAUCUUAUGAUAACUUAGGAGCUAUUUACAGCAAGCAAGGCAAACAUAAGGAGGCUAUUUCUGUCUAUGAAAAGUCGCUCAAAAUAAGAUUAUCAAUUCUAGAUCACCAUCAUACUGAUGUUAUUGCAUCUUACCAAAACAUGGGCAAUGUCUAUUAUGACUGGGGUAAACAGGAAGAGGCUUUAUCGAUGUUUAAGAAUUCGCUAUCGAUUCAACUGGUGGUCCUUGGAGAUAAUCAUCCUGAUGUUGCAGCAUUAUAUAACAAAAUGGGAACUAUCUACAAGCAGCAAAAAAAGCAUGAAGAGGCUAUUUGUAUGUACGAGAAGUCGAUCAAAAUUCAAUCCUCAGUUCUUGGUGAAAGUCAUCCCGAAAUCGCAAGAUUAUACGACAAGAUAGGAGGGGUCUACAGCGAACAAGGCAAGUUUGAAGAAGCUAAUCUUAUGUUUGAUAAGUCUACGGAGAUUUUACAUUUAACUCUCGUUCAAGGACUAGAGUCACUCAAAAGAACCGCAUACUUAUUUCAGGGUAAAUUUAAAGACGCCAUUACUUUACUUGAGAAAGCACGUUCCAUUCAAUUGGCUGUCCUUGAUCGUAAUCAUCCUGAUAUCAUCGACACCUUUAGCAACAUUGCCAAUAUUUAUGAUGACAUGGGCAAGCAUUCAGAAGCUAUUUCCAUGCAUGAAGAAGCUCUUCAAAUUCGAUUAUCGUUCUUGGAUCAUGAUCAUCCAGAUAUUGCCCGCUCUUAUGUCAAUUUAGCGGUUGUCUACAUCCAUCAAGGCAAAUAUCAAGAGGCUGUUUCUUUGCAUGAUAAAGCGCUGAACAUUCAAUUAUCAGCGUUUGGUCAAGAUCAUCUCGAAGUGGCUACAUCGUAUAACAACGUGGGAGCAGCGUAUGCUGAACAAGGCAAACAUGAAGAGGCACUUUUGAUGUAA